AUGGCUAGUAGAGGUAGAGGAGCUAGAGGCACCAAUGCUCUCAUAGAGCGUAUGGCUCAAAUUUUGGAAACCUUGGCGCAUAAUCAAGGCGGAGAGCCAGCUGAAUACCGAGGGUUGUCUGCCUUCACUAGGCAUGAUCCUCCAAAGUUUGAGGGAGGAUUUGACCCUGAGGGAGCCCAAAGAUGGUUGGCCAACAUAGAGAAGAUCUUCCAUGCAAUGGGGUGUUGGGAAAAGCACAAGGAUUUGAAGAAGCAGAAAGUUAGAGAGUUCUUUGAGCUGAAGCAAGGAAGCAUGACAGUGGGGGAGUAUGCAGCAAGGUUCCAAGAACUGAUGAAGUAUUGGCCUCACUAUCAAUAUGAGGAUGAAGAGGAGGACUUGUGUGCUCAGUUUAAGCAUGGACUGAGCAAGAGCAGAAUCUUUGAGGCCAAUUCAAAAGGGAAGAUAGUGGAAACUAGGGGAGCCAGUCCAAUGAGGCAAGAGAGAAGAACCCCUAGAUUCUCUAAAGGGCCAUAUUUGGGCUCAAGUAAUUCACAGUCCAGAGGGACUUCAUCACAAGAAAAGAGCAGUAUGAGUGACUUAGGAUUAGACUCUUUCAGAGGGCUGAUCAAAUGCUUCAGGUGUGGAGGGCCACACAUAGUGAGGGACUACCCACAGUCACGGACAACUUGUAGCAACUGUAGGAAGUUGGAACACACUGCCAAUGUGUGCUGGGCUGCUAAGAGGAGUGAGAGUGCUAGUAUAGCUCAGAGGCCUGAGUUGAGAGGAAGCACGGGGUCAAGCAUGGCGCCGAAGCUGAGUAUUCCUGGUAGGGUCUUUGCCAUGAACGAAGCAGAGGCUUCAUAA